AAAAUCAGCAAAUCCUCGUAAUAUCAUGAUCUCCGAGACUAACGGCCAAUUACAGAAACUUCGUACAAAGACUCCUAAUUAUAUUCGUAAGAUACGGAACGUCGUUUGAAAUGAGACAAUAAGGGUACAAUCACCUUCAAUUUGCAAAAAUCUGAAAAUUCAUCGUAUCGCCGGAAACGUCGAAGCGUCCGCCACACCGGCAAAAUUCAAAAAAACAAAGGAAAAGAAAAGAAAAAAAAAGGAUUCGUUUCCCGUACGAAAUAACCGCGACGAAAACUUCCUCGAUUCCGCGUUGUAACGUAACGACGAUGAAAAAGGAUACCGAAGAACAAAAUGAUUUGAAAAUACAAUAAAGUAUGGAAUGGGAGACGAAAUCCCCGACCGCAAGAUCGACGUCGUUUCAAAUUCAGCACGUACAAAGCGGAUUGACAAAAAAAAUUAACCUGAACCAGGUGGGCUACCGAUGUAUGGCCAACGCGGUAGCGCGAUGGUAGCGGCCGGAGUAUAUAUACGAAGAUGUAUAUUUUCCCCGUCACAGAUCACGGUCAGAAUUGUUGGCGAAGCAACAUGCAAGUAGUAGCGACGUUUCGCUCCCUGGUGGGUGCAUUCAUUUUCAUAACAUUGCUGUGUUCAGAGUACAAUGAAAGUGACGCGCAAAUUUUACCGCAACGUAUUUUCGCCGGUCUUUAUGGGAGGGAAAAUUAUCGUUCGUUACUGUCCAGUAUUUCGUCGUUGGCCCUAGGAUUGGUGGAUUUCGUCAGGGAGGGUGAAUUGUACCAGAAUGCCGAACCUCCGGACAUGACGCCGGGACCGAACGCCGAGUACGAUUUUAUAGUCGUCGGAGCCGGAAGUGCAGGUGCAGCGAUAGCGAGUCGUUUGACGGAAAUACCGGAGAUAAAAGUGCUACUUUUAGAGGCCGGACGCAGCGAGAAUUUAGCGAUGGACAUACCAUUGCUGGUCAAUUACCUCCAAUUCAGCAACGACAUCAACUGGAAAUACAGAACCGAACCGUCCGACAAGUACUGUUUAGGCAUGACGGACAGGAGGUGCAAUUGGCCUCGCGGUAAAGUGAUGGGUGGAAGUAGCGUACUCAAUUACAUGAUAGCGACCCGCGGCGACAGACGCGACUACGAUCGUUGGGAAGAACUAGGUAACACCGGCUGGUCGUACAAAGACGUUUUGUACUAUUUCAAGAAGAUGGAAAACGUCGAAAUACCCGGUCUCAUGUACGACAAGGAUAUGCACAACCGGAAGGGACCGAUGGUGAUAAAUUAUCCGAAAUUUCACACCCCCUUGGCCGAGGCGUUUCUAGACGCCGGUCACGAGCUCGGUUUCGACAUACAGGACUACAACGGACGGAGGGCGACGGGAUUCUCGUACAUACAAACGACGACGGUAAACGGUUCGCGGAUGAGUUCAAGCAGAGCGUAUUUGCACCCGAUAAAAUACAGGCGAAAUUUGUUCGUGAGCAAGAACAGUCUCGUAACAAAAGUACUCAUAGAUCCGAGAAGUAAUCGGGCCGUGGGCGUUGAAUUCGUCAAACAAAAUCGAAAGUUCGCCGUGAGAUCGCGUAAGGAGGUAAUACUGUCCGCCGGAACGAUCGGUUCUGCCCAACUUUUGAUGCUCAGUGGCAUCGGUCCGGCCGGGCAUCUCUCGGAAAUGGGAAUACCGCUGAUAAAAGAUUCGCCGGUCGGCAAGAACCUCAUGGAUCACAUAGCCUACGGAGGCUUCAUGGUCCUGAUAAAUCAGUCGUCGUCGAUAUUGACGAGGGAUAUCAUGAAUCCGAUCAACCCCUACAUGAGCGAUUACUUCAACCACCGCGAAGGUCCGUUGACGAUUCCAGGUGGUUGCGAGGCCCUCGCCUUCUUCAACACGGACUCACCCGAAAAUCCCGAGAGCUGGCCGAACGUCGAGCUACUUUUCCAAGGCGCUGCUUUGAACGCGGACAGAGGCGCUCGACAAGGCUACGGGAUAUCGCAAAAACUUUGGGAUAAGACGUACAAGGUGAUCGAGGAGAAAUACGCCUGGAACAUACUACCGAUGAUCAUGCGACCGCUCAGUCGUGGCGAGAUUUUACUGCGAAAUAAGAACAUAAGAACACCGCCGAGACUGAUUCCGAACUAUCUCAGCCACCCGGAGGACGUCCGAACGAUGGUGGCCGCCAUAAGGGCUUCGCAAGCGGUCAGUCGAACGAAGUCCAUGCAGAGAUUCGGCUCGAAACUUUACGACAAGCAACUGCCGGGAUGCGAAAAUCACGAAUACGAUUCGGACGCGUACUGGGAAUGCGCUGCCCGAACUUUGACCUUCACGAUUUAUCAUCACUCCGGAACUGCAAAAAUGGGCCCCGCGGGCGAUCCGACCGCUGUGGUGAACCCCAGACUUCAGGUUUACGGCGUGAAAGGAUUGAGAGUAGGAGACGCAUCGAUAAUUCCAGAGAUCCCAACUGCGCAUACGAAUAUCCCUGUGAUAAUGAUAGGCGAAAAACUCUCCGAUAUGAUUAAAGAAGAUUGGGGUUAUCCGACCGGGACGAGUCAAAGGCCGACGAAACGACAAAGGAACGGUUCGUAUCGAAGAUGAUCAGGAGCGUCGAGAGUAUUUGAACUAUGUAUCCAAUUUUUUAUCAUCACUUGAUAAUCUGUGCCUUACUUUAUAAAAUCAAAAGCAUCGUCGAUGCGAUUUUUUAUCCACAAUUACCACAACUUUCCUCAUUGCGUAUCACGAUAGUCGAUAAAUGUGGUUAAAACUGAUAUCCGUUCGAUCGUAUCGUGUCAUAGUCAAUUCAUCGCACGGCAUAAAAUUCCGACAGAGUUGUCGAUUGGAUUAUUUCAUUUACUUUAUUUUUAUUAUAGAUACUUUCAAUGUGAAGUCAGGAUUUUUCAAUCUUCGUUGCAAAAGACAUGAAAAUAAUUGAAUUCAUUCAGGUGAUAUCCCAGAAGUUAGGGUUACUUUAUUUUUCCCUUUUUUGCUUAUUUGAACUGAUUUUAUUUGGUUGGAUUGAAGACUUGAGCCUUAUUGCGUGUCUCAUCUACAAGCUUCGGUAUAGGUGAACGCGGGGCAACGUGGGGUACUUGAGGAAUCCAUUGGAAGAAAAAAUUUUCGAUCAUUUUGAAAAAAUUCGUAAAUCAAAUUUUUUAUUCUGCCCCGCUGCCCCAUAUUGCCCCGCGUUACCCUAUUUAAGUUCUGUUGAAGGUCUGAAUUUUUUUCUUCUGCUUUAUUACGGAUUAUCGCACAUCUUGGAUGAAGAUAUACGAUAUUAUACAUUAUAAUCGCCCCCUCCCCAUUAUAAAUAUGUACAUUGCGUAUACUUAGAAUAAGGAUUUGUCGUACCGUUUCUAUUUGUAAUUAGAUAUAAUAGGCCUGUAUAAAUUGAAGUUGUGUAACGAUGUGUAUUAUAUGGACGUUGAAAAAAGAAUUUCGUAAAAUAA